UCACUUUGUAUUUGCAUUUGUGUUGUAGUUGAAUGUGGAAAUGACGAUGGCUGCUGAAGUAAGGUGGUUAGUAAUUUUUCUCUUAUUUUCUGUGUUUUCUGAGAUUUUCGCGGAUCAAAUUCAUCGCCGAUUUGAAUAUAAAUAUUCAUUUAAACCUACGUACCUUGCACAAAAAGAUGGAAGUGUGCCUUUCUGGGAAUAUGGAGGAAAUGCAAUCGCAAGUUCGGACAGUGUCAGAGUUGCACCAUCAUUAAGAAGUCAAAAGGGUGCGAUAUGGACGAAGAAAAUGACCAACUUUGACUGGUGGGAGGUUGAUCUUGUUUUUCGCGUAACUGGUCGAGGAAGAGUUGGAGCUGAUGGUUUAGCAUUCUGGUUCACAACUUCUAAAGGUCAAUACAAUGGAACUGUUUUUGGGAGUUCCGAUCAGUGGACUGGUCUUGGUAUUUUCUUUGAUUCCUUCGACAAUGAUAACAAGCAUAAUAAUCCAUAUAUUAUGGGUGUUAUAAACGAUGGAACAAAAACUUUUGACCACAGCAACGAUGGAGUCGGUCAACUUACAGGGGGAUGUUUGCGUGAUUUUCGUAAUAAACCUUUUCCUACAAGAGCAAAAAUUGAAUAUUACAAAAAUACUUUAACGGUUUUGUUCCACAAUGGUAUGACGAACAAUGAACAAGAUUACGAAAUGUGCUUCCGACAGGAGAACAUUUUUCUGCCACAAUUCGGAUACUUCGGAGUUUCUGCAGCCACUGGUGGAUUGGCGGACGAUCAUGACGUAUUUCAUUUUUUAACAACGUCUCUUCAUCCUCCGGGGCAAAUGCCUCAAGGAAUUCAUCAAGUUUCAAAUGAAGACAGUGCGAAAAUAAAUCAAGAGUACCAAGAAUAUCAAAAGAAAAUGGAUCAGCAAAAAGAAGAAUAUAAAAAAGAGCAUCCAGAAGAAUUAAAAUCAGAAGAAGAUGAGUGGUACGAGACAGAGACUUCAAGAGAAUUGCGUCAAAUUUUCUCUGGUCAAAGUCAAAUGUUCGAUGCUCUACGCGAACUUAACAAAAAACUAGAUGAAAUUGUCGGAAGGCAAGAGAGAUCAUUAAGUUUAAUUUCGCAAAUACAAUACGCUGGUGUGCAGGCUUCUGGUGGACAACCUGGACAGCAUGUUCAACCUCCCCCACUUAUAGACACAAUUCGUAGACAAGAAGUAGAAUCUGUGUUAAAUAAUCAAAAUUUAAUUAUGAAUGCGGCUCGCGAAAUUAAAUCUGUUAUGAGCGAAGUUAAUUCAAAAGCAGAUGGUAUUAUGAAUCAUCAAGCCCGUGCUCCGACUGCUCAGGUGCAACCAAUGGGCUAUGAUUACCAUUCACUCAUCUCAGAGAUGCGAGAUGGACUAAAUGAAUUAAAACGUGACAAACAAAAUAUGAAAUUUGAUGCAGGCAGUUGUCCUACGCAAAAUUGUUUGACGACAACAAUGUUCUUAUUAUUUAUUUCAAUUCAAAUGGGUCUUCUUUUAGCGUAUAGUUUAUACAAAGACAAUAAAGAAGCACAAGCGAAGAAGUUUUAUUAGUAAUAAUUAAUUUGUUAGGAAAAUUUAAGUCGAUAAAGAGUUUCAAUGCAAGUAUUAACUUAAUAUGGAAUUUUUAUAUAACACUAAAAUAUUGAAGGUCCUGAUUGAAGAAUUAGUUGAACUUUUUUUAUCUCGGAUUGAUUAGUGUGUAAAUAAAUUGAAAUAAUGAGAAAUUUUGUAUUUUUCUGUGCGUAUAAUUUAUAUACAUACUAUUUAUAGAAGCAUUAAAUUCACAAUUAUUUGGAUUUAGAGAUGAACGAAUACGAUUUAGAGAUGUUUAGAAAGUUAUAACCGGUACUUUGCUUGGGACUCUCAAUUACAUGUUGAUUACUUGUUGUCUUCUUAAACUCUUGUAUGAAUAAAAAAAAGAAAGGAAAAGUUGACCGAGAUUAGAACAAAAACGAUAUCUCUUAAUUCUAAAAAAUAUAGCAAAUUUAGUCAGUUUGAACUAUUAAAAAAAUUCCAUUAAUAUAUAAAUCUAACUCAAAUAUUUUGAGAAAAAACAAACAGAAUCAAGCACAAGAAAAUAACUUUUUUAUAUUUGCUACAUCUGAAUAAAUGUGACUAGAGUUUCUUGAAAAGUGUGCUAUAUUUUUUUACUCCUACUCGAACUUUCAAUUCUCUAGUGACUUUUUUAUUAAUUUUUAUUUUACAUUAAUGCAUUUUGUGCAUAGCCUCAUCUACUGAGUAAUUCAUAUCGUGAAUACUGUAAAACUUAUUGGAUUUUUAUGAAUUACAAUUUUUAAAUGUAUUUUUCAUUGAUUUUGCAGGUAUGAAUGUUUAAUAGGAAUUGUUAAUUAAAUUCGGAAUGCUUUUGUGUUUCUUAAUUGAUUUAUGCAUGUGAGAGAAAGAAGAGCGAGAAUAUUGAUAAUAUGUCCGGGUGUGUCGCGUCUUCGUUGUAUUUUGUAAAGAAUUUACUAUCGAUUAUAAAUGGAUCAUAAGGUGUCAACAUCAUAAUAGUUAAAUAGUUGUAGCAUGUCAUGUGUGUGGGAAAUUUGGGGGAAAAAUUUCCUAUAAUUAUGAAUCAUCCUCACAUUAACCUCAUUGCAUUUAUAAGAGUUUAUAGAAAAUCUGUAAAUGUAGAAAAUCUAUCAAGUAAGAAUAAACGUGAAAGAAUCCUCAGUUUCUUUCAUUUUAAUUAA